AACAACUCAACGCGGCUUUUGAUCUUUCCUUUCGUGAUUUUUUGAAAAAUUUUGCUCGAAGUUGAAGUUUCUACCAAGUUGUGCGGUGCUAUUAAGUUUUCACGGUCGGCUUUGUGUAAGUAAUAAUAUUAUGUAACUCGUGAAUGACUGUAAGUUGUUUUAAAAAUCGAAUUAUGAAGGUAAUCAGUGUGAAAAAAAUUUUAGUGCUUGACUAAAAAUGUUUUAAAUUCCAUUAGUAGAAUUUUGUAAUUUCGUAUAUCAGCACAACCAACCAUGAUGCCAAUGGCUUCCUUGGGGUCUGUGGCGUCCAUGCCACAAGAGUUGACUUACAUCACUACUGACAGCUUCUUUAUUAAAGUAUGGGGUAUUGUUGAAAAAGAUAAGGCUGAUUUUGUAAGAGACGUGAUCGAUGUGUACGUUCCGAAAUUAGCGGAAGGCGUUGGUCAUCUUCGCAGCCUAUCGGAAUUGGUACCCGGCAAAGUAGUUUUGGCAAUUCAUAGCGGUCAGUUUCAUCGUGCCGAAGUAAUGCAAAUUCAUGGCACGAAAGUUGUCGUAUUUUUUAUCGACUUGGGUGUAUUGACCUCUGUCGAUGCGAACGAAAUACGUCUAGCUGACGGUGUGUUCAACUCGAUCCCACGUACCGGCUUCGCCGAAGAUUUUAUUCUGCACGGAACAAUUGCGAGAAGAGCAUGGACGAACCAAGAUACAGAAAUGGUUAAUGUGCUGUUGAGGCACUGUACCGAAAUCAAUCUAACCGGUGUUAUUGGCGACAAACGAACUAUUCAAGUUACGCUAUCCUUAAACAACCAGCCGAAAGUGAAUUUGAGCCAUUUUCUCAUUGAGGGUGGAUUAGCUGAUGCUAUAGCCGAAGACCAGCUCACGAACUUGAUACGUGCCAAGUAUGGUAAAACGACUGCAUCUUCGACGAAUCAAAAUCAGUUCGCUGUACCGCCGCCUAGUAUUCCCAGCCUUCCAGUUCCGUCCUCUUUCACCGUACCUCAACAAACACAGAUUCGUGGUCCUAGCAUAUCAUCUGCUUACGCCAAUGACUCGUUGCAAGCACCCGUAUCGAAUUCGCACCCAUAUCAGAAGAUCAGAGGGCUCAAACCGAUUCAGAAUAUUCAAUCGGUUGCUGCAGUACAGAACUACACCUAUUCUAACUUACCGGUUGAUUCAGCUCACGAUGUUAUUGUUUCCAGCGUUAUCGAUGGGAUGAAAGCUUUCACCAUUCAGUUGAAGAAAUCUAGCGAUGUCGAUUUACCUAAGUUGAUGGCGAAAAUCAACGAUAUUCGACUAGUACCUUUCACCGAACAAAUAGGGCCUGGAGCUUUAUGUUUGGGUAGAUUUACUCAGGACAAUAGUCUUUGCCGUGCAGUCGUUUCUAAUGUGUCAGCUGAAGGAGCUAGUUUGUACUUUGUGGACUUCGGAAACACGGAUUUCGUUCCUUUCAAUGAGAUUUAUAGAAUACCCCCCGAAUUUUUGCAACAGCCUACUAUGGCAAUACGUUUUGGAUUAACAGACGUGACGAGUACCUCUCUCGACUCUGAAGAAGCUCGUACUAUAUUCUCCAAUUUAGUCUUACACGAAGAUCUUGCUUUGAGAUUGAAGGUUCUUAAAUCUCUUGUACCUUCGCAGCAGUGUUGCGAUUUAUUCAUCGUCACGAAUGGCAAAUGCAUCAACAUCAAAAAUAAAAUUCUCGAUAAAAUGAAACUUAUGAAACCUGUGGAGUAUAAAAAGACCCUUUUCAAGAAGAACCAAGUACAUGACGUUAUCGUUACAUUUGCUGAGUCGCCCUUUCGAUUCUUUGUUCAAUUAGAAGUGAAUCAGGGAAUUUUAGAUUUGGUAAUGCAAUGCGUCAGAGAUUAUUGCAAUAAUGCUGAAAAUAAAGAGGUUCUGUACGUCGAAGAUGUAGUUGAAAAUAUGGCGGUUUGCGCGCCUUAUGAAGACAAUACGUACUAUCGUGGCAUAAUAGUCGAUGAACCUGAUGGCGAAGGAAAUAUCACCGUCUUUUACGUAGAUUAUGGAAAUCACGAUACUGUUCACUACAGUAAAUUACGCAUCAUGAAUAACGAGAUGAUGUCCCAGUUUCCGACGCAAGCUGUCGAAUGUCGUUUAGAUAUAGAUUCGGCUCUUGUAAAUAAUGAAGAACUCACCAAUAUGUUUAUCGAAAUGGCGGAUGGUGGAAAUUUCAAAAUGACCGUCAAGAAUAUCUUACCCGCUCAUGUCCUGCUAGUCGAUUUAGUUGAUUCAAAAGGGUUGAACCUUGGCGAAUGUCUGAUGGAGACUUUCGGCGUGAAAUCUAGUGCAUACGCAGCUCCUCCGAAAGCCCCGUUACAGAAAUCAUCGUCAGGUAACUGGAGAGAGAAAAACAGUUCCACUAUGGAAGGCGAUUUUUCUUCUUUUCGCGAUGAAAGAGCACGAGGUGAUCCUCGCGAUGAUAGAUUACGCUCGGAUUCGAAUUCCAACCACUUUCGUUCUAGUCACGACGAUCGCGUUAGGGGUAGAAAUUUCGAACCGAAACGCAGAGAUUCAGAUGGUGUCGAUACUACCGACGAAGCAGCUAAAAAAUCUGAUUUCUGGGGACGCGAAAAAGGUUCAAAAGGCGACAGUGCUGAAGCUUGGCGUCACGACAAAUUCAACGGUGAUGGACGUGAUCGUAACGAUAGAGGUUCCUAUCGUAAACGUGACGAUGAAAACGAUUCGUGGAACGCACGGAAUAACCAAGACGACAGCAAAAGUGGCGGUGGGGAACGAAGAUUCGAAAGAGGUGGUCGUUCCAGAGAUUGGGAAAACAAAGCAGACGACGACGAAUUCGGCGGCGAAAAAUCUAGAAGAGACGGCGGAUUUGGAGGUAGACGCGAGGAAGACGGCUUUCGAAAUAGACGCGAAGAUGGUGGAUUUCGAGGUAGACGCGAAGAUGGCGGUAGUGAUUUUGGUGGUCGCCCACCAAGACGUGACGAUAAUGACCGACCACCCCGAAGAGAUAAUAGGUCUAACGAUAACGCUUGGGAUAACAAGAAUGCUAAUAGUUGGGAUAAUAAUAAAGAAAAUAAGACUGAUGAUGCCUGGGGUAGUAACGAGCGAACAAAUGAUUCCGGCUGGGGAUCUCAAAAUAACCAAAGCAACGAUCGAGGCGGUAAACGCGAUUUCGGCAAUGAUCGAGGUGGUAGUUUUGGAGAUGAUAGCCGUGGAAGAAAAGAUGGCGGAUUUAGACGAAGAGAUGAUAACUUUUCUUCCAACUCUGACACCAGAGGGCCCAGAAAAUGGGAUAACGACUUCGGUUCCAGAGAUACUGUUACUCUAUUGGAUGGAUUCGAAAAAGGUGCUCAGAUAGUCGAUGUUGAAUAUCAAUCCGGCCAUCAAAUCGAUUCUGUUAUAAGCUGGUUUGUUAAUCCUGUAAACUUCUACCUCAUACCGAGUGAUGACGCCGAUUUUAGAAAUUUGAUGGAGCAAAUCCAAUCUGAAUACCCUACUAGAAAAACGUUGAAUACGAAUGAACUAUCUCCCAACGAUUACGUCGUUGCUCGUGAUAAAGAUAAUGUUAUAUAUCGUGCCACAGUUUUACGUACCAGUCCCCGAGGAGUCGUAGUAACAUUUGUCGAUUAUGGAAACACCGAAACUGUUGGCAAAAAUCAAGUGUGGGCGAUAAACCCUGAUCAUUGCUUAAUUCCAAAACAAGCCACGCUCUGUAGUUUACAAAACAUCGCAUCGAACGACGAAAAUGGUGUAUGGAAAGCGACCUCAGAAUACGACAAUUAUUUCGGCAAAGAUAGGUUUAAAGCUACUCUAAUCGAAAACGUCCAACAAGACGGUUCCACGAUUUGGAUGGUCAAUUUAACCGAUCCAGAUGGUCAAGAUGUUGCUGAUCAAUUGGUCGCCAAUAACUUAGCUCUACGAAAAGUUGUACUAUCUAGCGAAGAGCUGUACGAUUUUAAUCUGUUCGUUAAUCAAAAGAUUUCCGUGUUCACGGGCGCCGUUGUGUCGUCAAAAAAAUUCUUCGUUCAUAUUGAACCUGAUAAAGCCGACCAUAUUGGAACAUCUAUUCAAGAAUUGUCUGAUAACCCGGCGAAUUUGAUUGCCUUACCUGCGGAAAACAUUGUCACUGGAGGAUUUUGUUUGGCUCCGUCUUCAGAUGAAGCGCUUUACAGGGCUUUAAUUUUGAACGUCAACUCCGAAGAAAAACAAGUCCACGUUUUAUUCAUCGAUUACGGUGAUGAAACCGAUGUUUCAUUUGAUAUGCUUAAAAUACUACCAGAUUAUUUGAAGACGUACAAUCCUCAAGCUGUGCAGUGUUGCUUAUACGAUUCUGAAUCAUUUACAAACGACGAAGAUUUCAUUCAAAAUAUCGACGAGAAAGAUUUCAUCAUUAAAGUGAUGAAAGUUCAAGAUAAUGUGCUGCACGUGAAAUUAUUUGACGUUGAAGGCAAGGCUCUUCCCUAUCCAGUUGAAAGUGAUGAAACUGUUCCAGUCGUAUGCUGUGCACCUGUACUACGACCUUUGGAAAAUGUAGUUGUUAGUUCGGUGACAUCUGAGAAAGCCUUCUUACAGCGACCUGCCGACCAAUAUGCGGUGAAUGAGCUGAACAAUAGACUAUUCGAGAAAUACGACAAAGAAGCCGAACAAGAUAAAGUCGACGUCGAAGAAGGAAAAUUUUACGUAGCGAAAUCUGGUCAAUUCGAAGCUUGGUAUAGAUGUAAAUUAUUGGAACCAGGGUCGGAUAAAAUUUUCUUCAUCGAUUACGGUAAUACGGAACCGAUCGAAGGUUUGCUAGCAAUCAGACCUUUAGACGAAGAAUUCUGCAAUGUACCUGCAUGCUGUUUCGCCGUGUCGACGGAUGCUGAUAUUUCAGCCGAAUCAACGGAGACUUUGAUGACCGCCAUACAAGACAUCGUAUUCAAAGCCGUUACAAAAAACACUUCUACGGAUGCGAGUCCGAAUGUCGAAUUAUUCGCCGAUUUAUAUACUGAAGAAGGUGGUGUUACCAAAACGUUCGCCGAUUACGUUGUCGAAUUGAAUUGCGGUUCCAAACGUUCCAGCGAACCGAUAACGAUUUACAACGCGUUCGAGAAUUGGAAACCUAACGAGUCGAGAAAUGUAGUCGUAAGCGCUGUCGGUUCUCCGACUAAUUUCUAUGUGAUGUUACGAGAAGAUGUCGAUAAAUUGACUAAAUUACAAGAAGAUCUAGAAAGCGCUCUGAAAACCGUGCUGCCAUUGGUCGGUGAUACUGAUACGUUGUGUGCAGCCAAGUCAGUCCACGAUAACAGAUGGUACCGAUGUUAUCAAUCUAAUAACCUAGCCGUUGAUUGCGGAUUAGUCAUACAGCCAUCGGAAUUUAAAAAACUGCCCGGUAAAUUUACCGUCAAUCGUGAUAAAUUUGUUGUCGAAUGUCGACUAGACGUCUCUUCGCCGACGUCGGAAUGGCAUACAGAUACGAUUACUAAUUUCAAGGACUUGGUUAAACCCGAAAACGAGCUGGUAGCAAAAUUAGAUGCGAUUACGGAUGGUAAAAUGGUAAUCGAUUUAAUAUCGAACGGUACCAGCGUCACUGAAUUGUUGCUGAACGAAGGUCUAGUCAAAUACCAAGCCUACGAAGUGAACAUCCCGCACGCUGUCUCACUGAGUGAGUUCUAUAUCCAUGAUCCGGCGAACGAAGACGAAUUGCAAGAUUUAUUGGAUAAAAUGGAAGAAAGCGAAGAAAUUUGGGAGAAGGUUGUUCCAGAAAAAGGCCAGAUAGUCGCCGCCAAAUUCCCUGAAGACAACCAAUGGUAUCGAGCUGAAGUUAUCAGCGUUGAGGACGGCGAAAUUAACGUCUCGUUUAUCGACUACGGUAAUCAAUCAGUUUGCACCGAAUUCCGUGCGUUACCCGAAGAAUUAAGUCAAAAACCGAAAUUUGCGAUGCGCUGUAGCGCCCACCCACUACCUGAAAAUGCGGACGAGUUGAAAGAUAAAUUUGUUGAAUUCGUCAACGAACACACCGAAGACCUGUACAAAGUAUACUAUUUGAGUCGUCACCAAGAUCCUCUGUUAGUGAUGUUAUACUUUGGUGAAGAAAUUAUCGACAAGUAUUUGGUAGAAAGCUCCGAACCUGAACCGCAGCGUCCUUCGUUAGAAUUUAAAACCGUAUCCGUCGUGCAUGUGAAUUCGCCUUCGAGUUUUUACGUUCAAACGGAAACGCCUUUAUUGGAUGAACUGGACGAUCUUUUGGGUGCGAUCGGAAAUGGUGACGCGCCUCUCGUCGAAAAUAUGACCGUGGGUACGUUGUAUGCGGCCAAGUUUCUCGAUGACGGAGUAUGGUAUCGCGCCAAAGCGAUUUCUAGUAAAGAAGUACUUUUUAUCGAUUUUGGUAACACGUCUGUCGUCGAAGAAGUACGCGAAUUAUCCGAAGAUGUUGCCAUGAUACCGUUUUUGGCGAAACACUGCGCUUUCAAAUCGCCACCCGGAUUGGACGAAUGGCCGCAAGUAGCCACCGAACGAUUCAACGAACUUACCUGCAACGGCGACGCUGUCUUUGCGAUGGAUAUCGUCGAAGAAGGCAACCCGGCUUUCGUACAGUUGAUCGAUAACGGACUUAGCGUAAUCGACGAACUGUACACGCUAUGUAAAGCCGAACUAACCGCUCCGGCUAAUGAAAACGAGAAACCAUCUGUUAUUAUCAGCUACGUAACCGAUUUGAGCGAAUUUUGGAUUCAAGAUACAACGCCGGCCUUGGACGAACUAUGUGACGAGUUGACCAACGUCGAAACAUUCGACCCUAUCGAAAUAUCGGCCGUCGAACCGGAUACCGUUGUAGCUGCGCUAUUCAACGAAGAUGGCGUAUGGUAUCGCGCCAAAGUAUUGCAGAAAUCAGACGAAAGUUGCAAAGUUCUGUUCAUUGAUUACGGUAACGAAUCCGAUGUCACGCAGGUUAAAGCCCUUCCAGAAGACUUGGCCGGUAUGCCGGCGUUCGCUACUCGAUGUCGUUUGUCCGCAUUGCCCAACGAUGCGGCCACCAACUGGCCAUCGGCUGUGCUCGACAAACUCAAAGAAUUCGAAAAUGGUGACACGUUCGUUGUGAUGAAUAAGGAAGUUAAAGAUGAGAUCACCUAUGUAUCGCUACAAUCCGAAGCAGCUACCGAAUUAGGCCAGCAGCUGAUUGAAUUGCGCGAUCAGCUUAUUAACCAAGAAAACCCGCAACAACCUAGUACUACCGAUGACGUAACCGACGAAAUUCCCGAGGAUCAACAACAGACCGCUGACGAUGUAGUUCCCAAAGCUGAAGAAGUAGAACCCGAAUCCGUCGUAACCCAGAAUGAAUCAGAAACUCAGCAGUCUCCGAAUAGUACCUGCGUUGUGACCGAAGCUGUCUCCGAAUCGGAAUCCCACCUACAAAACGAUGCCGCCCAAGUGGAACACGUUCAGAAUACCAUUCAGAGCAAUAAUGAAUCUGAUGAUGUCGAAUCGCAGAAAAUCGAACCAGUCGUCGGCGAAGUGGUAUCUGCUCUGGACGAAGAUCAUAACACAAGUAAAAUCGAUUCGGUCGACGAAAAUAAAGAACUACUCGCCAACGAAGUAAGCGAUGUCGCUGGUACAGAUGUCACCGAUGGUUCUAUCUUGACUGUCGGUAAAUCCGAAGAACAGACUACAGCUCCUGAAACCGUUCCGACAACAAGUGAUGAAAAAAUCGAAUUUGAUUAUGAAAGUGUAAUCGAACCAUCCUCCGAAAAUGAUACCAUCAUUCAAUCGACAGUCGCUAGUUUUCCGUCUUCUAUCGAAGAAUUAGUCUAUUUAACCGAACAAUCAUCUGAGAAAGACGCCGUGCAACCAUCGUCCAAUGUUGAACAAUUAAUCGAUAAUGAGCCUAUCGACGAACAAGAAGAUCUCUCCAAUGAUGCUGCUUCGAAUUCACAAAACGAUAGCGAUCAGCCUAGUCUUUCGCCAGUAGCUGAGAAAGUAAUCGAUUGUAAAUCUGACGCCGAAUCAGAACGUCUUAUCGAUGACCCUCAAGUGAUCCAGAACGACGAGACUGUCACCGUAACAGAAAGCCCCAUCGAUGUCGAUACACGUUCAAACGAUAAUUCCGUCCAGCAAGUUCCAAGCCUAUUGUCCUGCGCCAGAAAAGUAGUCGAUAAUGAAAUUAUUGCUGAUGCGGAGAAAGUCGACGAUUCCGGUACUAGUCUAAAUAAUUCGGACACUUCUCUCGUUGAAAAUAACACUCACCAAAGUUUUGAUGAAAAUAUCGCCACCUGCGAAGAUCUUUUUGAAGUGACCGAAGUCACGCUCGAAUCUCCUGCAGUCGAAAAUCAUGCUGAGGUGGCGAUUCCUGAAGAAAGAACAGAUGCCGAUGUAGCUUGUGAAAUCGACCCGACUAUUGUCGAAGAAAUAACUACCAAAGAAGACAACUCCGAGUACAUAACACUUUCGCUAUCCAAAUCUGUCGUAUCCGAAGUAGACGACCUCAUCUGCAAAACCGAAACCACCCUGGCAGAAACAUCGAACGUGGUAGACUCUAUUCAAGUCGACAAUACGAUUCCUGACUCAAAUGUACUCGAAGAUGUCCAAGCUGACGAAAAACAAGUCGAUGAUGAUGUUACCGCUGAAUUUGAUAUUUCAUCCGAUUCGUCGUCGCCUGUGAAAAUCAGCGACGAAGUCUCGGAGAAAAUUUCAACGAGCGAAGAUAUCGUGUCUGAACAGGAAACGCUUUCGUCCGAAUUAAAUACCUCAUCCGAAAUUGCCUGUGAUGAUGAAAUCAAAGACGAACAGGAUGCCAACGACGAAGAAAUUGUGACAAACGAAGAUGUAGUAUCUAAGCAAGAAGCGUUUUUACCUGAAUCUAAUGCGGCGUCCAAAAUCACCGGCGAUAUAGAAAUCGAAGACGAACAGCAUGCCAAGAAUGUUUCCAAAGUUGAUGGCUCGUCUGAGAAUUUAAAACAAGUACUCGACGAUACCGAAAUCAUUUGCCAACCAACGGAAUCCAGCGAUCCUGCUGAAUCGGAGGACGCCGUAGAUAGCGAAACCGUUUCCGAUGAAAGUUCCCACACGAUAGAACCUUCCGAAAACGAUAUAUCUGUCGAUUCACCGACGACGUCGACGUCAAAUACCGCCGAAUUAGACCCCGAGCCUAUUGUUGAAAACAGCGAAGAAUCUAAACUCUGUGACGCCGAUAUGAUAGAAAGCCCCUUCGAAAGUCCGAGAAGUCUGGAAGAUAGUAAAUCUGAAAGCGUUUAUUUAUCGAUGGAAGAGGAUGCGGAGAAUGAUGGCGAAAAAGGAAGCUUAGACGUGUCUCUCGGUAGCUGUAGCACCUUCGUCGGUGGAAUUGAAUCGGAAUCAUUGCUUUUAAACGAUGCUACCGAAAAUAAGGAAGAAGAAUCCGAACCGAAGACGAAAGAAACACCAGCGACCGUCGCUGCUGCGGAAGUAUCGCCUGAAAAAUCCAAAUCGCGUCACCGCAGCAUUGUCAUUACUCCGACGAGGAAAUUGGUGAGCGGCGUCGAUUACAGCGUGACUUGCGUUGAAAAUCCAGGCAGUUUCUACGUGCAGCGUGUAACGGAUAAGAAAUUCAUCCAGUCGUUGGUAAAACACCUGGUAGAAGCCCACAAAAAGAAGAACAUUGUUUCCGAUGUGGAAAUCGGUUCGAUGUACGGCGCUGCAAUUGGAAAUUCAUUGUUUCGAGUACGAGUUCUGGACUCAGAUCCGAAUAGCAGCUAUCACGUAUGUUGUCUGGAUUAUGGCAAUACGGUCUACGUCAAAGAAUUAUUCGAGUUAACUUUCGAAUUGAAAGCCCCCUCGCCGUUUGCGACACGUUGCGGUUUACCUUUGCCAGCUCAUUUGAACGUGUGGCCUUUGGACGUCGCUAUUCAUUUCGAAGAAAUCACGUUAUUAAACAACCCGGUCUUCAAGGUAGAACACGUCGUUCCGACAGAAGAAAACGCGGAAAUUCAAAUGGUCAAUUUGACCAAUGAAGAAUUCGACGUAUGGCAGAUAAUGAAAGAAAUGUGCGUCAAGUACGAAGAAGACGAUGUCAUCGAAGAAGUUAAGAGUACAUAGCUAAGAUCAAUGUGUAAUUCGAUCUAUCGUUUAUUCGAAAUAUUAUUCUUGUAUUGUCUAGUUUUUCUUAUUAUUAUACUGGUCUUUGUUUUGUACAGUUCCAAACUGGUGUUUUUUUUUAAUCGUUUCGUAAAAGUUUACUUAUUCAUUAUUGUAUAUACAUAAAGCUGUAAAAUUAUUGAUUCAUAUGUCGAUGUUAUAUCACGCGUUAUAAUCUCACAAGAUGUAAUUGUUACUUUGGACUGGUUUUAAAAACGUAUCAAUAUUGUUAUUCUUGAAAAGUCUUCUUUUUUUUUUUUUUUUUUUCUCUCUGUGAAUUAUAGUCAGUAAUCAGAAAUUCGAAUAAUUCGUUGGAAAAAAUUUCAUUUCGAGUUUUUUGUCGAUAAUUUUGAGUAGAGACUCGUUUAUUGUGGUAUAAUGAAGACUCGUAGUUUUAAUUACGUUAAAUAUACAUAUGGUUAUUUCUCGGUUGUUUUUAUUAGAUUUAUAUAUCUUUAUUUUUUUUUCAUUUUUUUAAAAAAUUGUGCAUCUUUAUUUUUACCGGUUUUUUUGUGUAAGUUAACUUUAUCUUGUAAUGUUGGAUUUUUUUCACGUUUAGUAUAUUGAUUAAGAAAGAUGAAACGAUGUGACCAUUUAUACUUAUGUUGUUUUUAAAAAUUUAAUAUAGGAUUUUUCCCCA